AUGGACGGCCCGUCUCAUUCUGGACUUUCGUAUCCCCCGACUGGACGUCCAAUGACAGACAUUGAUUCCCGUCCAGACCGGCGGACGAUCGAGUCCAUAUGUACUAUUGCCGGCACCAAAAUCCCAACUGUUCCACCUAUUCCACCUGAUUCUGUUCCCAAUCUUGAGUCCAUCCGGAAAAUUUAUGACAUCGCUUUUGCCCCUGGUCUCGACAAGCUUUUGGAAUCCGGUCCUUCAAAGUGGUUUGCGAAGGAAGGCUUCCAACUAUUGUGCGCGGAUCGGGCUCAGCUCGGGAAUGUCCUUGCCUACCUGACAUUGGUCAGCAAUCAUACAGAUACGUCGAAUUCCGACAUUGCAACGUUGGCAAGUCAAGAAGCCAGGGUCACCUGGGCACUGCUCGAGCUCUGCAUCAGACCAGAAGAUGCAAGCGCAGAAGAAACUGAUAAACUCGCACGACGGUGCCGAGCAUUGGGUGCCAUUUUGACCGGCCAGCCUUUUACAAGUCCUACAACAUCACUUGCCGAUUUUGUGCACCAAUAUGAGGCUGAGCCGGAACCAAAAGCCACCGUCUUUGAGAAGCAAACGGUCAAAAGGUCGGACGAUUUUUGGAAACUGGUCGAGACCGCCGCUGCCAGCCUGGACCCAAAUGGUCACGGAAUUCCCUCUGCUAUGUUGACUCGAAUUCGACCUUUACUGGAUAACCAAGAGAAUCGAGACACGAUUUACAGCAUCAUGCUAUUAGGCUCAAAAGGGGCUCAACAAAGCGAACUAUCGUCGGAACGAGACCUGGCCAAGCGAUAUCUCGAAACGCAAGCCAACGGACGUGCUACGAACCAAGUUUUGGUCACCAUUUCUGGCAUGGCGUUGAGGGCUUAUGCAAAUUGA